GUAUUCAUAAUGGAGAGGGCGGCAGACAGGAACAGGUGUACUAUAGAAAACAGAGUCAGGUGAUUAAAGAGAGAAGUAAAAUAAGCGAAACGGAACUAGGAGUGAGAAAGUACGGCAAAAGUCUCUGUAAGCUGAUGAAAAGGGGGUUUGUCCAACACAACUGGGCAGUAGGAGAGAGAAAGUCAAGAGACGGCGAGAGGAAGAAGAGGGGAGAGAAGUCAUGGACGGAGAAGUGGACGAGGAAGAUGGCACCUUUACAAAUAUCUCUCUGGCGGAUGACACAGCGGACACUGGAACCGCAGCACUGUACACAAAACAGGACAAGCUCCCCACCAUGAACUGCGACAUGGAUGGAGAAAUGGAGAACCAAGUGGAGAUGGAGGAGAAGACGAGGCUCAUCAAUCAGGUUCUGGAACUUCAGCACACACUGGAAGACCUAUCUGCACGGGUGGACGCGGUUAAGGAGGAGAACUUGAAGCUGAAGUCGGAGAACCAGGUUCUAGGCCAGUACAUCGAGAACCUCAUGUCUGCCUCCAGUGUCUUCCAGACCACCGACACCAAGAGCAAACGCAAGUGAUGAGCCGGCCUGGAAAAACUCUGGACGUCGAUGCCAGCGUCUGGGAGAUUGAAACCCACCAUGGAGGCAUAGAGAGGGGGUUGUCUUCUGAACAGACCGAGGCAUUCUCUUGGCUUGCCUGAGUCCAUAUAAAUUGAACUUAACCAAAACUGCAAGUUGGCUGUUGGCCAUCCAUCCAACUGACUCUUCCUUGACCCAGAAGUAACCAAUUGAUUUAAUAACAGUUUGGAUCUGGGUCUGUUUUGCAGCAGUUUUCUCUCUAUGUUAUAGACUAGGUAGACGUCACCCGUAGACCACUAGUUAAGGGUCAGACGGUUUUUGUCUUUAACAGUCAACGCUAAAAUGCAGGGUAACUGGAAUUCUUCUACUGAAUAUUAGAAUAAUAAUGAUCUGAUCCAAGAUAAGUGGUUGUGGGUCAUUUCUACCAAUUAAAUUCUUAGCUCUUGCUUUACUGUACUUGUGAGUUCCAGAUGGGUGGGACCUACAGUAUCAGGACAUUACGAUAAGUGUCAGAUGUGUUGUCCGUCAAAAUGAUUUUCACAUAAUUUCCUGUGUUGUCAAACUUAUGCGGCAUUUAUUAUCCUCCAUGUGGCAAAUCCCACCCAUCUGAACCACAGCACAUUAAACCAAAAGGAUAUUUUGCAAAUACUUUGUGACACUUGUCUGCUCUCAAUCUCCGGAUCAGGUGUCUAUUCCCUUUUAGCGCUCAACUUCCCUCUCUGCUCAUAUUAAUUUAUUUGUAGUUUCCUGUGUUGCGCCCCCCCCUUUUUUUAUUUUUCUUUGUCAGUUUGAUCUGAGUUUUAUUAGUUCUCAGAUGUCAGUACAAUGCCAUAACCAAAUUUUUCUUGAACUGAUCUCAAAAAUGAUGUGGAGAAUGUGGAAUAUGUUUGAAUUGCAUGGUCAUGUAAUUCACCUGUGUGUAGUUCACUCCUUAUAACGGUUUUUAUCAUUUAUUUGGCCAACAGCUCAGUUUUUGCGUAGCUGCAGCACAUGAUUGCAAAAGGCCUGAUGGUUUCUUCAAAGUACCUCUACCGCCAUGAAUUGGAUUAUACAUUCAUAUGUAGUUAUGCAGCCCCAGUUAACAUAAUUUUGAAAGUAAAACCAGAGAAAGGUCAUGUGAAUGUCUUGGUUCAUGCAUUUUGUUAAUCAAGUAGUUCUUUAUAAAAUCACUGUAUGAUGUAACACAGAGAUUGAGAUUUUCUUUAGUUUAUCAACUUGCUGUAUCCAGCAUCAAGUGAUUGUUGGGGUACAAACUAAUAGUCUUUUUUCCAGCAUAAUGCGAUAUUGUUUCCAGGCACUCCCCUCUCAUAGUUGGUUUGCAGGACCUAACACUGCGAAUUGUAUUUUGUCUCUCUAAUGCUGUAAUGUUUACUGACUAAUAAUGUUAGGGAACAGCAAAGUGGAUUAAAACCGGGAAGAAGCGAGGGUUUAAUGAACGAAGAGGUAGGAAGGCAGACGGGCGUUCUCCUUUAAGUGUAUAAGGAAAAGUAAACCCUUGUAAAGAGGCCUUGAGUGCUAUUGAUCCAGCCUGUUAGCAGGAAAUGUGCUGAGCUCAACAUGCUGUGGGAAGGCCGAGCAGAGGCCUGCGAUGCCCCAGUGAGCGGGAUGCUGGCAGAGGCUCGCAGGAGAAAGUAUUGUGAUUGUUUUCAUCUUGAAUUGCAGAUAUUAUCAACAAAGAUAUCCAGGGAAUUUAUGUCCACAAAGUGAAAGUGUUUAGAGUCAAGGAGUUAUGCUUCUGGUGCUACUGUAAAAAGUAAGUAAUUUAUUUAGUUUUUUUCCAAAUAAGGUUAAACACAUAAAUGCAGCCUUUAAUUUAUGGCCAUAACCUGUAUUUAUUUUUUCUCAGCUGUUGUACAGUUAUGUGCUUAUUUACUCAUUUUGUUUCUCUCCGGCAUGCUGACUAUGCCCUACUACCUACACAUCCUGAGAGUUCAACUGCCUUUUGUGUGGCAGUGUACAUUUGACUGAGUUGCCUUUGAACAUUUGUUUUAAUAAAAACAUAAGGUCACUUCUUUUUCUGGGUGUUUUCCUCACUACCCAAUCCCACAUAUACAACACAACAUGGUAACACGCGUCCGGGUAGCAUAGCGGUGUAUUCCGGCCUAACAACACGGGGAUUGGCGGUUCGAAUCCACGCGUGACCUCCGCCUUGGUCGGGCGUCCCUACAGACACAACUGACCGUGUCUGUAGGUGGGAAGCUGGAUGUGGGUAUGUGUCCUUGUCGCUGCAC